AUGAAGUCGUCAAUUCCUCUCGCUCUGCUCGGCUUAGCUCCAUACAUGGCCCAAGCCCAGAAGAGCACCACCAAAUAUAGCAGCACAACCGUCUUUAUUCCCCCAGUAAAGACUGGUUCUGCAACCGACAUUUACGCCUCCAUCAUCACCUCAGACGAAAGCAGCACAGAAUACCUCCUUGGCUGCCAAACAGCGCUUGAUGCGUCAACAUACUCCUGCGACAAUGACUUCUCAGGUAUCACAUAUACCCGCUACGAGUCCAGCAUAGACGUCCAAUUCGGUGUGACAUCGUUUGGUUGCGAAACGGGCAAUGGCCGAGCUAUUUGCGCUUCCAAGACUGCCACAAGCGAAGCAGGGACAAGAACUCUUACGUCAUCUGAGAGCUCUCUCUGGAUGACCGCCAUCACCUUUGUCGAUGUUAAGAAGAGAAAGACAACUGCUACCCACGCACAAGAGACCAAGUCAUCAAGUCCUAAGCUCUGCAAGCGAAAAGUUCGCGAUCAUGUCAGUGGUGGAAGUGGAGAUGGGAGCGACAGUGGAAGUGGCACUGGUACUGAUUCCGGGUCAAGUGUCAACAAGAAGCCUAACAACGACAAUGACCAAGACUGUUCGGCCGCUUCUAUGGCAUCGUUUAGUUGGGCUGCCUUGGCUAUGGGUCUUGGAGGAUAUCUUGGCUUGAAUUUAGCAUAG